AUGUCAAACUUGCCGAGAUCGGAAAUAUGGAAUGUCUAUGCUUUGGUUAACGAGUAUUUCGCCCCCGAGCCUAAUGACCGGUGGCAGGAUUUUCGUGUUGACCAGUCGCCUUCAGCAACCGGCAGCCCUUGGUUGGAGGUGCUCCCUUUGCUGCUCGACCGCAGCCGAAGCACCGGUCGAAGCACUUCUCUGCUUUCUGCUUCACUCAAAACUCUAGGUUAUUCCAUCGCCUCCAAGGGGGGCAAUGGCUCCACACACUGUCAGUGGGAGAUUUCUCGCGCGAAGUAUUAUUCCGAGGCUGUGCAUUGCUUGAAGCAUGAACUGAGUGAAGGCACUGGCGUGUGUGACGAGUCCGCUGCGGCAAUCAUGUGCUUGAGCAUGGCAGAGUUGUUGAUUCCCACCUCGAGAGACGGCUGGAUCGCUCAUGUUAGAGGUAUUGGUCGAAUGAUGGAACUCUGCGGCCCUCAAUCAUUCAAUAAGCCCGUCUCGCACCAGCUCUUCCUCGGCUUUCGGCCACUGAUUCUCGUCGAGGCGUGCUGGUCCCGUCAAGAUACGUUUCUGUCAGCUAACGAGUGGCGGACAAUACCCUUUUCCUCCCAUGCAGCCUCCCCUCUGCAGAUACUUCUCGGCCACGGCUCGAUUCUUCCUUCUGUACUUCAGAAGUCUCAGUCGCUUCAAUUUCUUUCCGGCGCAGAAAAAGCCUCCAUGGCGGGGGAUAUUCGAACCGCGUUGAUGGUUACUCUUCAGGAGCUUGACGCAUGGGAGCAAUCUAUGCAAUUAACGAUAUCACAUCCCCUUUUCUGGUCAAGCUCAGCAUCUGCCACUCCACCAGGCUCCGUUCAAAUCACCAAAUCCUGCCUAUGGUUUCCUAGUCUGCCAGUGGCAACUGCCUUGACUUAUCUGUGGGCCUUUCGCGCGGUAUGUUUCAGCCAAUUAGCACAGGUGUUAUCUUCCGAUCAAGCUCUCGCUUCACGCACGGACGGAAUCUGGACCUGCCUGGAUAUCUCGGGAACCCAGGAUUGCCGGGAGAAGGCUCUUGCUUUCCACUCAAAGAUCUGCCAAAGCAUCCCGUUUUUCAUGCAGGAUCAGAUGAAAUUCUACGGCGCUGCCUCAGUUACUCUACCCUUAAUGAUCACGCAGACUGUCCUGUUCUCGUAG